GAAAUUCAUGAUUAAGCGCCCUAAGAGUUUCUUGAAAUCUUUAUAUUUUGAGGAGAAUCAAGCUUCGGAAUAAGUUUUCAUGGCCUAGGAGUAAGUGAUGAUGUGAUUAACAAAUUCUUAUUAGUUAAAAAAAAAAACAAAACAAUAUAUAUUUGAUCAAAUAAGAGAUUGUACCGUAGAAGAAAAGAGAAUAAAUACUCUCCCACCCUCCUCCACUCUUAUCCAACGUCGCCCAUCACCAAAAAUUUCUUCUCCAAGCAAAAAUCUCUCAAACCAGCUUUAACACCAAAAACAACCCCCCAUGAACCCUAAUCUUAUAGCUUGUUACAAUAAUCUAACCAAAGAAGAAAUCUCCAAGCUUGAGUCCAUCAUCCAAACUCACCAUACCUUUCCUCUAUCCUCAAACACAUGCAAAAACUAUAACGCUCCCCUAAGCCUUAUAUGGCCAUUCGUACGCGAUUUCGGAAACCCUAAUAAGAACAAGCACUUCAUCAAGAGUUGCUUAAUGAAAGGAGAUGGAAGAGCUGGAAGCAUAAGAGAAGUUACGGUUAUAUCAGGCUUACCGGCGUCCACCAGCACCGAAAUACUAGAGAUAUUAGACGAUGAUGAACAUUUUUUGAGCUUUAGGGUUGUGGGGGGAGACCAUAGGCUGAAAAACUAUAGAGCAGUGACAUCGGUUAAUGAGUUUAGGGAAGGAGGGAAUAAGGCUUAUAGCAUUGUUUUGGAGUCUUAUUCGGCGGAGAUACCGGAAAGGAACACUGAAGAGGACACUAAGAUGUUUGUGGAUACUGUUGUGAAGUUGAACUUACAAAAACUUGCAGAUGCAACCAUGGCAGCUUUAACAAGGCAUGAAAUAAAAGUUCCUUCAUAGCAGCAGCCUUGUCAAUGGAGAAUGAUAUUGUGACGAUGAAAUUAGAUAUAAUUAAUGUAUGUAUGGUAGGAUGAUAAUGAAAAUUAUAACUUUAACACAUUUAA